AUGGAACCAAUAAUUUUAAUUCAAAAUCCAAAAAAUUAUGACAUUUCAAUAGAUAAUAGAAUAAACAAACCAGAUGAAGAUUUACUUUUAAAGGAAAAUGAAAUUUCUAUGACUAUUAAUAUUGCUUCAAAACAAACUGAGUUACAGUAA